AUGUUGUUUUCCGCCGCGUUGUUACUAUUGGUCCUGCAUAAUGCCGUCGCACUGCGCGAAGAUGGCGAUUUGAUGUCAUUCGUGACGCUCCCAGAAGUCCGCGCCUUGAAGUGGGAAGUCACCUAUCAUGACCGCGAGCGAGUGGGCCCCAGAUACUGGUUCGUCGCGCCGUACGGCCAGAUCUCGCCCGAAGCACCUACCCAGAAGUACCAGCAGUAUCAGGUCGGUCCAUAUAUCUACGAUGGCGAGGGCAAGCUUGUCUGGGCCGGCCCCGUCCAGUACGAUUACAUGAACGUGUUCGACUUCCGACCCGUUAGCGAUAUCGACGAUGAGGUUGAACUGUCUUUUAUCUUGAACUGGGAACUUGACGGAGGCGGCAAGGGAAGUGGCAUUGUCUUAGACAAACACUAUAAGGAACAGACCCGCGUUUACCAGCCCGAUGAGAUGCACGACUUCAACAUGCACGAGUUCAACAUCUUGCCCGGUGGUAAGUCCGCCGUGGCCUGCACAUACCAUCCGCAGGUGGCCAACCUGGCCGACUUCGGACGCCCGAUGGAGGAGAGCUGGGUCGUUACUGGUGGAUUCGUCGAAUUGGACAUGAAGACCAGCGAGGUUCUGGCUCAGUGGAACAGCAAGGACGCUAUUGCGCUUACCGAGUCGAACAUGUUCCCUUCCACUCGUGGGACGCCCCAUGGGAACGAGGCGGGCGAUUUCAUUAUCUCCCUGCGGUUCACCAACACCAUCUACGGUAUCUCCGGUGAGACUGGCCAGAUUAUGUGGCGCCUUACCAGCGGUCCGGAGGGUGAUUUCGAUAUGGACUUCACUUUCUCCAAGCAGCACGAUGUGAAAUUCGUCUCUUCCAACGGCACUCACCAGGUGAUCUCAAUGCUGAACAACGCCUCAGACGAGCGGGGUAACGAUGAGAACAUUUCCUCGGUGUUGUACAUCGAGAUGGACACCGUUGCCAUGACUGCCCGUGUCAUCAACCGCAUCAACCGCCCUGACAGCAGCCGGACCCGUCUCCGUGGCAGCGCUCAGACCCUUCCCAACGGCAACAUCUUCGCCGGCUGGGGUGAGCGCGGCUACCAGAGUGAGCACGCACCCAACGGCGAUGUAUUAAUGACUGCCCGCUUCGCCUCGACACGCUACUCGACCUACCGGGCGUACAAAUACGAGUUCAUCGGCCGCCCUGCCGCUCCUCCGGAUGUUGUUGCUUCUGUCUACGGUACCAAUGAUGACGAUACCACCACCAUCAUCCACGUCAGCUGGAACGGUGCCACCGAUGUUGCCGGAUGGAACUUCUACGCCAAAGCUGACUACCGCGGUGGCGAUGUGCUCAUCGGUCACGCCAAGAAGUCCGAUUUCGAGACCAUGUACAUUGUCGACGGAUACAUGGACUGGAUCUCCGCCGAGGCUGUCGACGCUGAGGGAAAGGCCAUGGGUAAAUCUCGUGUCCAGCGUAGCGAGAUACCUAGCAACUGGAAGGCUGUCGGAUUCCAAGGCUCUGAGAGUAGACCUUCCCCUGAUGACCCGUCAAUCAUCAACAAGGUCAACGAGACCACCGAAGGUGCCACUGGCGCAGCUGGCGAUAAGGAGGUCGCAGAUAAGGAGACCACGGAGACCACCGAUGGCCAUGACCACGACGACUCCAUGAACAUGGACAUGGACAUGGGAUCGGACUCUGACUCCGACUCCCCUCAGACUUACGCCGACGCUAAGGAGGUCGCCAAGGCCGUCUACCAGGCCUCCGAGGUUAUCCGCGGCGUGGGCCGCCUCCUGAUCUUCAUUCUGGUGGCUUGCUCCGUCGGCGGUAUCCUCGCCGGUGCCUGGCGUCUGAUCCAGAAGCGCAAGCCGCGCUCAUACCAGCACGUCCUCUCAGAAGAUGGGCUCCCCGUGGAAGAGAUCCACAUGCGAUCGCAAGCGCACGACUAG